AUGAGACUGCCAACUCUUCUUGCUCUCGCGGCACUGAACAUCAGCUGCGGCUCCGCUGGCGACCCUGGUCAACAGCCUCUUCGGGGGGUAUUCUCAGGUGCUUCGUCGCGGACAUCGGCGCUUCUCAGCUUGCACAAAUCGCUAGUCGAAAUACCGUCAAUAUCGGACUCGGAAAAUGAGGUGUCCCAUUUCCUGAAGGGCUACCUCGAGAAACAAGGGCUCAAUGUCGAGACUCAGGUCGUCCAGGGUGGCAAGAACAUUUUCGCCUAUGCUGGGACAUCAAGAAAAACGAGAAUUCUCGUAACAUCACAUAUUGAUACUGUGCCACCCUUUUGGCCGUACGAGCGCAAAGGCGAUGAAAUCUGGGGUCGUGGUUCAGUAGACGCCAAGGGCAGCGUGGCAGCACAAGUCAUCGCGUUUCAGGAGCUUCUUGACGCUGAGAAACUCAGAGAUGGUGACGUUUCGUUGCUGUUCGUGGUCGGCGAGGAGAACAGCGGUAGAGGCAUGAAAGCCGCGAAUAAUCUUGGACUCUCGUGGGAGGCUGUCAUCUUCGGAGAACCGACGGAGCUGAAGUUGGCCAGCGGGCAUAAAGGGGGUAUCGGCUUCAAACUUGUUGCCAAGGGGAAAGCUGGCCAUUCUGGCUAUCCUGAGCAGGGCGAGAAUGCCAUCGACUUGCUUGUAAAGGGGCUGGCUAGCCUUCAGAAGCUCGAGCUGCCUUGGAGCGAACGCUUUGGUAACUCGACGUUAAAUGUUGGAAGAAUUGAAGGAGGUGUGGCAGCGAAUGUGAUUCCCGCAGACGCAUCAGCCACUGCGUUGAUCAGAAUUGCGGCGGGAAGUCCUGAAAAGGUAUUGGACCUGGUUCGAGAUGCAGUUUAUAAUGCAGCUCCCGAAUUGGAGGUGGAAUCCAGAGCUCCAGGCAAGGGUCCAGUGCCCAUAGACUAUGAUAUCCAAGGGUUUGAGACUGCCGUCAUGAACUAUGGUACUGACAUACCGAAUCUGGAAGGCAACCACAAAAGGUACCUCUACGGGCCGGGAACGAUACUGGUUGCUCACUCGGACCAUGAACACCUCACAACCCAGGAUUUAGAGACGGCCGUGGACGGAUACAAGGUUCUCAUCACAGAAAAUCUGAAGAAAGGUCGCUGA